AUGCCAUGGGCUCUUACACGGAGCCUGUCGACGCUGGCGUCCAACCCAAACAUUAACGUCUUCACACACCCGCAGCAGCCGCAAGCGUACCUGCUCUCGCUCCUCGACAGCGACCCGCCGAGCGCGGCGCUGGCCAUCGGCACCACGACGUCGGUGCCGCCGACGCCGAGCUCGUUCCGCGAGAACCCGCACUUCCUGGCCAUCCUCAACCGCGUGCUCGCGCAGCACGCCACCGAUGACCCAGACCUCAAGAGCCAGGCUCAGGCCUUUGCGUCGCCCGCCGGGUCCAACUUCAUGCACAGCGCGCGCAGGAAGCUGCGCAGCACCGGCACGGGCGCCGGCGGUGCGAGCGCCGAGGGCGGCGCCGGCGGUGCGGGCGUCGGCGGCUGGGUCCACCUCAGCGACACGCGGAACCCGCCCGACUUUGGGCGCAUAGCUUGGCCCGAGGACAUUCUGGGCAGUCUCGAAGUUGACGGCCGCGGCAUCGUGCUGGGGAACUUCCAGGCCAGCGGCACAUACCGCAUCAUCACAAACGAGGGGAUCCUGGGCUUGAGCCCCUUUCUCCGCGAGAAGCUGGUUGCCCGCCUCCGAGAGGAGGAAAAGGCACUGUAA